AUGUCUUCAAAAUUUUUGGCAGAAUUAUCAAAAUUAUCAAGUGAUUAUGAAAAACUUUUUGAAACAGAAUUAGGAUAUGAUGUUAUCAUUUAUGCUGGAGAGGAGUCAAACAUUAAAGAAAUUUAUGCUCACUCAAAUAUUUUAUGUAUCAGGUCUCAAUAUUUUCGUUCUGCAUUUUCUAAUGAAUGGGUUGAGAAAAAAGAUGGAAAAUUUAUUUUAAGGAAACCAAAUAUUUCUCCUCGUCUAUUUAAUAUCAUUCUCAGAUUUAUUUAUUGUGGAAAUAUUGAAUUGAAAAAUUUACAAGGUCCUGAAAUAUUGCAACUUUUGAUAGCAGUGGAUGAACUUAAUAUUCAACAAUUGAUUUCUUAUAUUCAAGAAUAUUUAAUUGAACAUCAAACCGAAUUUUUGCAUCAAAAUCCAACUGGUAUUCUUGAAAUUAUUUAUCAAUAUGAAACAUUUACGGAUUUAUGGAAUUUUUGUCUUGAAAAAAUUUGUGAAGAACCUAAAAUUUUAUUUAAUUCAGAUAAAUUUAUUGAUUUAAAGGCUCCAUUAUUUUAA